CGACCCCGGCCCCUUGAAACUCUCAUCCCUCUUAAAUCCUCUCCCGCUCUUCGCCUCGUUCUUUUCACCCCGUCUCCUUGCAUUUAUAAACCCAGAAUUUUCUCCAACAUGUUCAGUUACAUUUAGCGAAGCUUUCGUUUUUUUUUUUUUUUUUUUCCUCUCCUUUUUAGUAUUCUAAGAUGAUGCGUCCAAGACCCAAAACACUUCUGUUGCUGUUUCUCUUGUUUUUGCACGGUUUGUCUAUGGUGGUUGCUCUUGGAGGAGACUACGAGAUUUUGAUUCGGGUGAAGAAUGACCAACUGGACGACCCCAAUGACAGCCUCAAAGAUUGGGUUUCGAACAGUGAUCGCAAUCCAUGUAAGUGGACUGGCGUUACUUGCGACUCUUGGAAUCGAUCGGUUAUUUCCAUUGAUCUAUCCGGGUUGGGCAUCUCCGGCGGGUUCCCGUUUGAUUUCUGCCGGAUUAGAACCCUCCAGAACCUCUCUCUCUCAGAUAAUAACUUCAAUGGUAGUCUUCUAUCCGAGCACAUAUCCGUCUGCUCACGCCUUUACUUGCUUAACCUCUGCAAUAAUUACUUCGUCGGUGAGCUUCCGGAGCUGUCUUCGUUCACUGUAUUAGAGGUCCUCGACCUCUCCUACAACAACUUUACUGGGAAUAUUCCCGCGAGCUUUGGCGGGUUACAGUCGCUGAAAGUGCUCACUCUUACUAUGAACUUGCUUACCGGUUCGAUCCCUCCCUUCUUAGGUAAUCUGAGCGAGUUGACCCGGUUAGAGCUCGCUAGCAACCCAUUCAAGCCCGAUGCUUUACCUCCAGAGAUUGGAAACCUGACCAAGCUCGAGAAUUUAUAUCUGCUGGGAUCGAACCUCAUCGGACACAUACCAGAGUCAAUUGGAAAACUCUUCUCGCUCAAGAACCUAGACUUAUCCAGCAACUCUCUUUCAGGCGAGAUUCCUACCGGUAUUGGCGGAUUGAAAAGCGUAGAACAAAUCGAACUCUAUGAGAACCAGUUGUCCGGCGGGUUGCCCGAGAGCAUAGCAAACUUGAGCGCCUUGCUCAGACUAGAUGUCUCUGAAAACAAACUCAGUGGAAAGUUACCGGACAAGAUCGCAGCAAUGCCUCUAAAUUCUCUGAACCUCAACGAUAACUUUUUCGAAGGCGAAGUUCCAGAAGUUUUAGCUUCGAAUCCAAAUCUGCAACAGUUAAAGCUCUUCAACAACUCAUUUUCCGGUAAGCUACCCGAUAACCUAGGCAAUUAUUCCGAUUUGGAGGAUUUUGAUGUUUCUACAAACAAUUUCAUCGGUCAGUUGCCCAAGUACCUCUGCUUUCGAAAGAAGCUUCGGAAUCUAAUCGCAUUCAAAAAUCGGUUCUCUGGUAGCUUACCAGAAUCGUACGGUGAGUGCAAUUCUCUUACUUAUGUGAGGAUUGCGAAUAACGAGCUAUCCGGCAAAGUACCGGACGGUUUCUGGAGUCUUCCGCUUGAGUUUCUUGAAAUGCAUAAUAAUAGACUCGAAGGUUCUGUUUUGGGUUCGAUAUCCCGUGCUCGUAGGCUCACUCAGAUCUUCAUCUUCGACAAUAAGUUUGAGGGCAAAAUCCCGGCGGAGAUUUGCGAGAUGCAAGAACUCAUCGCGAUCGAUGUGAGCAAAAACCGAUUUUCCGGCGAUGUUCCGACUUGUAUAACUGGAUUGAAGAAACUACAGAAGCUUAGAAUGCAAGAGAACCAGUUCUCCGGGGAGAUCCCGGGCUCAGUUGGCUCGUGGUCCGACAUGGUCGAGUUGAACCUAUCGAGAAACCGUUUCUCCGGAAAAAUUCCUGCGGCACUCGGGAAUUUACCGAUGUUGAUGUAUCUAGACCUCGCCUGCAACUCGCUUUGCGGAGAAAUUCCGGUGGAGCUGACAAAGCUAAAGCUGACCGAAUUUAACGUCUCAGACAACAAAUUGCAAGGAGAAAUACCUAUUGGGUUCAAUAACGAGUUGUACCUCGAUAGUCUACUGGGCAAUCCGGAUCUCUGUAGCUCUAAUCUGAAGCCCUUGCCACCAUGUUCGAAACCUAGACGCGCUGCUUCGUAUUUUGCAGUUAUUUUGACUAUCUGCGCUUUGCUCCUCGUCGGGUUUCUGUUAUGGUUCUUCAAAGCCAAAUAUCAAGCAUUGGGUGGCAAAUCCAACCGCCGAUGGAAGAUAAUCUCCUUUCAACGGACCGUGUUAAGUGAGGAAGACGUAAUUCCAUGUCUAAAAGAAGAAAACGUGAUCGGAAUGGGUGGUUCUGGUCGGGUCUACAAGGUGAAGCUCAAGCCGGGUAUUACUGUGGCGGUUAAGAGACUCUGGGCAGGUACCGCCCUAAACCCGGAGUCAGAAGCGGUAUUCAGAUCGGAGAUCGAGACGUUGGGUCGGAUCCGUCAUGGCAAUAUUUUGAAGCUGCUGUUUGGUUGCAGCGGUGAGUCGUUUAGGAUAUUGGUGUACGAGUACAUGGAGAAUGGGAGCUUGGGCGACGUGCUGCACGGAGAGAAGGGCGGUACUUUGUUGGAUUGGCCUCGUCGGUACUCGAUAGCUGUGGGUGCGGCUCAGGGGUUGGCGUAUCUUCACCAUGACUGCGUGCCGGCUAUCGUGCACCGAGACGUGAAGAGCAACAACAUAUUGUUGGACGACAAGUGGAAGCCGCGCUUGGCGGAUUUUGGGAUGGCCAAGACUUUGCAGCGGGAGUUGGGGCAGGAGGAGCAUCCAGGUUCCAUGUCUCGUGUCGCUGGGUCAUAUGGCUACAUUGCGCCAGAGUAUGCUUAUACUAUGAAAGUGACAGAAAAAAGUGAUGUUUAUAGCUAUGGUGUGGUGCUUUUGGAACUAAUAACCGGUAAGAGGCCAAAUGACUCAUCCUUCGGCGAUGAUAAGGACAUAGUGAAGUGGGUUUUAGAGCUAGCUCUAUCAUCUUCUGAUGGAGGAAGCGGCGAAGCCAUCUCCGACGGUUGCAGUGGAGUCCUGGACCAGCUUAUAGACACGAGGAUGGACUCAUGCUCGUGCGAUUAUGAAGAGAUUAAGAAGGUUUUGAAGGUGGCUCUCCUCUGUAUCUCAGAACUUCCCAACAAAAGACCCUCCAUGCGAAAGGUUGUUGAAUUGCUGAAAGUGAAGAAUACACCUGCUGGUCCUAAUUGAUUAUGGCAUUGGAAUGGCAGUGGGGUGUUUGAAACACACUACAUUUGUGGCCCUCAAACUUGUGUCGCCCAUCUGCAUGGUGGAUUAAUGUAUGAGAGAUUAUGUUUUUUUUCAA